ACUUGCCAACACAGUCCUCUUCGCUGAUUACAUCACAGAGCAGUGCCCCUCUCCACAUUUUACGUGUCUCGGGCCGUCCGGUCUGUCUCCGUUGUGUUGUGUGUGUGUGCAGUGAACCAACGGUGCUUCUGUUGGUCCUACUUUUGUGUGUUCCGCAGUGAAUCGGUGGGUGUAAUCGAGUGCGCGCGCGAUGGAUCCCGAGCAUCGCAGGAAGUUUAGGGAUCCUGAGUUGAUCAGUGCUCUGGUGGCGUGCAUUGAUUUCGACGUUUUAGCGCCGAGUUUGCACUCGAGAGGCAUCCUGACUGCCGCAAUGGUCGACGACAUUAAGGAGAAGGAGGGCCUGGAUGAGCGCAACCUCUGCCUGCUGCAGCGGCUUCCCAAGAGGGGACCGCUGGCCUUCGACCGCUUUGUUGCCAUCCUUCGAGAGAAACGCAUGUUCCAGGCAGUCACCCUGCUGACGGGGGAGGUGCUGCCAGAACCACCUGUCUCUGCUGCGGUGCCACCCUCCUCUCGUCCGGUUCGGGCUUUUGGUGGUGGCGAUGCUCGUCUGGUCGUUGACUCCGCUCAAAGUGGUCCUGCAGGUCAUGGGACAUCCAUAGGUGAAGCCAGCGACUCAGAGAUGCGAGUGGUUCCAGCCAAGGAUUGGAAACAUGGAGAUGAGGUAUACAGCAUGGUUCACUCACCGAGAGGCAUGUGCAUCAUCAUCAACAACUGUGACUUUGGAGGUUUGGCUGAGCGGCGUGAAGGAUCGGAGCUCGAUGUACUUCGCAUGGAGGCGCUCUUCGAGGCAUUCCACUUCAACUGCAUUGUGCGCCAAGACCUUCCUGCAUCCGACAUGAAGGCACUUCUGUCGUGGGCAGCCCAGCCUAAGCAGCAGGAGGGGGCCGACUGCCUGGUGGUAAUCCUGAUGUCGCACGGCAAUCGGGACACAAUUGACGGCUCGGAUGGCGAGCACCUGCAUCUGGUCAACGACGUCUACACCCUGUUCAACAACGAGAAUUGCGAAGCCCUGCAGGGAAAACCCAAGCUGUUCUUCAUCCAAGCCUGUCGGGGAAGCAAGUCUGACAGCGGAACCAAUUCCAGAGUGUACGACACUGCAGACGCCGGACCAAUACCGGUUAACGUGCCCGAGUCACCGUUGUCAAGGCAGGAACGCACGGCCACUUGGUCGGACAUGUAUGUCGCCUAUGCAACCAUCCCCGGCUACAGCGCACUCAAAAACAGUGCGAUAGGUUCGUGGUUCCUCUCGGCCGUCUACAAGGUCUUCAGUGAACACGCCAGCACCAUGCACCUGGAGAAGCUGAUGCGCCGCGUCACUGAUAAUGUCCUGAGGCGGUCCUCCCACGAUGGGAGCAAGCAGACGCCCAGCGUGGAGUCGUGGGGCUGGACGAAGAAGCUGUACUUCAACCCGGGUCUCUUCGUUGGACACAGGCCAGAGGAGCCCGAAGUAUUCCACACUGCCUUGUAGAUUACACUGCGUGUGUUGGCCAUAUUUUGAGCAUGCCAGAGCCUUGACAAUCACCCUGUUUCAUGACUGCGAAGUGUUGGCCAUAUUUUGAGCAUGCCAGAGCCUUGACAAUCACCCUGUUUCAUGAACGCAAAGUGUGCCUGUGAGAAUUGCCUCACGCAUGUUCAAUUCCAGCCUCGUACGAACAGCCACUUCAGUGGUAUCAGUAUACCCACAGGAGCUGUUGGUAAAAAAUAAGUGCACAUGAUCGGAACAACCUAGUUCCAACGAUCAAAUUCUUUAUUCCCUUGUUUUUAUACACCUAAUUUAGCCACUCGAUUCAUGGCCAAUCCCCCACGGUGGGUAUGCACCGCAACCGCUCAGGACAACAACAACCACAACAGCCUAGUUCCACUUUAGUUGAUGUAGCUUUUGCAAAUGUGCCACCAAAUAAGAUUGCCGUGCCUAGUAAACUUCAUGGAUGCACUCAGCUUGAAAUUAAGGUGCAGUGUGGCACAGCUUCAUUAAAAAAACAAUCCAUGUAGCAUUGUUUUUCACCGUUAUGCAUUAGAGCCAGAUGAGUGGAAUGCUCAAUCUCUCCACAGCAUCAUACCGGUGCCACACAAUGUGCUCACAUAGGUUGACCCACUCUUUGCAAUAGCUUGCUUUUAUGCGUGCUGGUUAUACAAAAUGUUAUCUAAGCUUGGCUGCAACAGAAUGCAAGGGUCCUAUAACUGGUAAAUCAGUAAGAACUGUGGGGCAACCUCUUUGAACUGUUGUGAUUUCAACCAAACCUGCAUACAAACCAAGGCCUCUGGUUUUUAGACCGACCUGUCUCAAGCUCAUUUUGUAUAUCCAGUCACAGUAUAAUUGCCAACCGAUAAUUCGAACGUGGAGAAAAAAAAACAACCACGGCGUCACGCGAAGGUCGCCGUUUCUGCGUGGUGCUGGAACACGCGUGUACGUGCCGACGUCUCAGCCAACGCUGUGGCUGCAGCGCAGAUGGAAGCAGCGGCGGAGGCCCAGUUCGGCCAACGCUCGCUUCAAUGGCAGAAACCGAAACUUCAAGGAGCGGGCUGAGCGGCGCCGAGCUGGCGGGAGCGGCGGAUGCGCAUAGAGACAGUCGAAGGUGAGGGGGCUACGAGGGUGUUUAGAGGAAGGGCGAGGGGAGCCACCGAAGCGACAGUUGCCGAGGCCAAAUCCGCUUCCCUGCCGCCCUCCUCCCUCACGUGCGACGGUCUCCGUGUGCGCCCGUCGCCAUGUCGUCUCUUCCUCUUCACAACCACAAUCUCUCUCUCGCCGUGCCUGCGCCGCCCGCUCCCUGAAGUUUCGUUUUCUGCCGUUAUCGCGAAGCGAGUGCGGGCGGUUUCGUGGUCCUCACUCGAUAUGUGCUUGCGCGCCGCGAUAUUUCACAAAUCACACCGUUCGUAUGUCAUGCUAUGGUGCACGAAUAUUUCAAAAAUAAGUCCUUCUUAAUUCGAAAAAAUUUUUGAGCCCCUUCGAGUUGGAAUUAUUGAGAUUCGACUAUACAUGGAAGUCAAUAGGAUUUAGGUUGGGACCGCAAAAACGCGACGUAGCAGCCGGGAAAACGCAGCAGCGAGGAAGGUAUCAAUGGAAUUCCACUAUUAGAAAUCUUUUCUGGUAAAAAUAAAUUCAUUUUUCUGGAUAUUGUGUAUGUUUUGAUGAUACGAAUUUUGGGUGAUAUGAAUAUCUCACGUGACCCCGCGAGAUUCGUAUCACCGAGGUUUUACUGUAAUUGCUAUGUCCGUACCACUUUGCGAAAGCACGGGCUUCACAUCGGUCCAGUGACCAUGGUGGGAGUCAAAAACCAGGAGUUACUACCCCACACAACAGGGCCCCUGCAUGGCAUUGUCUUGACCCAGUCCUCCAUCAUUGCACUACUCCUUCUACCAUUCUCGUGAAUGCGCACAUCGAGAUUCUUUGGAAACACCUCUCCGGCUGGAAGAGUCUUUCACUUGAAAACAAUGUAUGGUGGCAGCUUCCACUCAUCAGCAGUGCACCACAACAUUACUCUUGUUUGUUGCUUUUCGUACCCCGCAGUUCUGAGCUUAACUUCUUUGGCGCCCGUUUCAUUAACCGUGAACACCACAGAAACAUCGCAAGUAGACUGGUGUCGGGUCGCCAUUCCAAUUUGACCCAAUAGGUAGCCCUUCUCCAGCCAUUUCUUGAUUACAUAGUGCUGGGAUGCAACGAGCUUCUCGUCAGAGCUACUACGGAGAUUUUGGCAUGUCGAAUUCGAAAACGCUUCACAAAUCGCCUGACCCAGUCCCUGCUGGCCUUGAACUGGGUUUUUGCAACGCCUCAAACGUUCGAGACUUCCUUCACCUUCGCUUGUAUUAUCUCUGUCGUUAUGGGCACCCAUCCUUCUCUUUUUGUCCUGAUGAAGUUGGCCACGUCUUUUUUCACCUCGUGGUGUUGACCUUUCUGUGGUCUGGUGAAUGCCAUCUGCUUUGCAGCUCAGUUGAAGAGCUCAUUCUGUUGGUUCUGUCAUUGGCAGCGCACAUUUUUUUUGUCUACAUUGAGCUUGCUCUGGGCUUGGAGGUUUGACGUUUUCUCUGCUUGCAAUAUUUUUCGAUUAAAGGCUGCAGCGUAGCGACCUCACUUGGCGGGUGAUAUUGCACCUCGAGCGUGGGCUCUUGACGAGGUUACGGGGGCCAGAAAGAGGUCACAGUGCGACGCUUGCAGAUGCAACCACUCAGCUGCAACCACUUUCGUACGUUAUUUUUUCAAAAAUUAUAUUGGCCUAUAUUUUUGUAAAUACGGUAUUUAUAUUUGAUUGGUGAUAAUGAUGCUGCUGAACGAAUGAAGCCACUAACACUUUAUUUUAGGGGCACAAUUCUGGAAUGUCACGCAUUGCAGAAAUAAUUUUAUUUUUUUUAAUUUAGAAAUUAUCCCAGCAGCAUAAAUGGUUCUAUGCACACGUGUAGCUGUUUCUAUCAUAUACAUCAGUAGGGUGCUGUUUUGAAGACUUCAAAAAAGUCGGGAGUGAUAACCCAGUGGCUUCAUGGCUCAGUGCAUUCAAGUGGUGAUGCUGAACAGUAUAAAUAGGCUUGAUCAAAUGGCCCCCGAGCUCAAACCUCCGAGUGCGUCAGCUGCUGUCAGUCACCCGAGCCAGUAGCAAGGGCUGUCAAAAGAAAUAUGGGGUAAUUACAGAUGGUCUCUAACUACUGUGUGUGUCAGUACUUAUGUAGUGGAAAGCAUUGCACAAAGUCACCGAUGUGACUCUAAUGUUUUAUCACAUGUUAAUAUUUUUUCAAAUGUAAUGACAAUGUCAAACCACAUUCUUUUGCUGUUGCCUGGUAGCACACUGCCACUGCUCAUACUUCCCUUUCAUAAUCAGGUCUUUGUUUUCUCGACACUGCUGUUGAUCUCUUACGUUUGUUGGGUCAACAAUUGUUGCUGUGCCUAAUCCGUGGACGUCUGAACGUGAUCUUGGGCAAAGCAAUGCAUAGUGCUGUUGAUCUGGCACUUAGUGCUUCUAUCUGCUGCUGCUGCUAUGUUGGCAUACAGCAAAGGAUUUUCUGUGUAAUGUGACCUGUGCUCAUGUGCAUACAGUGUAGUCCACUUAUAACAGUACCACACUUAAUCAUAUAUAGCUGUUAAUGAUCAGCCACUUCCCACAUUAUCAACGUUUUCACUAACUGUUCACAAUAAACAAAAUUACAGUCUCAAGCACAUGUCCAGUUAUUGUGUGACUUGCAUACUAUACCGACUGAGACAGCAGCAUGCCAUUCCUGCCUUUGCCAUUACAUCAAUCAGUUUGCCCAAUUGCAUAUUUGUUCAUACCUUGUUUUUGCCUAUAUUUCGACCGGCACUGCCGCACUGAUCUUUCGGUGGAGGCUACAUGCACAAUGACUCAAAGAUGUUGACACAGUUAUACUCAGAUGCCAGCGGCGUUCUGGUUGCAUCUCUGUUGCAUUGAUGGUCGUCUACCUGCAGCAUGUACCGCAUUGGGGAGACAUUGCAAAAGCAUGCAGAAGUGAUUAACAUUGGACAUUAUCGUGGUGCGGUAAUGUCAUGAAUGAAGCAACCUGUGCAGGAGCAGUGGAUGUGAAGGAGGCCAGAAAGCUGGGCACAUUGGGCCGAGGCAAGGAGAGCCCAGAGACUGCAGAGGAAGCCAAUGGCCACUUGCAUCGGUUGGAGAGGGUUAAGGGAGGAGGAGAGGUGAUAGCUGCCAGAGACAGGCGGGCACAUAAAUAAUGUUGCAUGAACGAUAUGUCCAGCUGUUGCAUUGAAAAAUUGCACAUAACAGCGUGACCAUUUGUGUAUUGUAUAGAGUAAUCAUAGAUCAGAUUCCUUGAAAAGCUUCUUUUUUUUAUGAGUUUCUGUAUUUCAUGAUUGGAGGCAUCAUUUUAUUUACUCCAAAAGGCUGUCAUUGGAAAGUUGUUGGGAGAAAUCAAUUUGAGAGAAAUGUUGAAUUGAAUUCUGGGGUUUUGCAGGCCAAAACCACGAUUUGAUUAUUAGGCACGCCGUAGUGGGGGAGUCCAGAUUAAUUUUUACCACCAGGAGAUCCUUAACAUUGAGAAAUGUUAUACUUCCCUUCUACAGUUCAUUCAUCCAUGACAUGCAAUUAUUCUUGGUAAGUAGCUUAACAGUCAGCCCACAUGUAACAACCUCCAGUUAUACUAGCAGUUCAACUUGCAUGUUCUUUAAGUAUCGUUACAAGUGGACUUCACUGUAUGCAUGAGGCCAGUAUCUUGUUGGGCUUUUCUUGCUUUGCCUUGUCAUUUAAGCAUACUCACUUUCUUCUGUGCCAUACAGUGCUCACGUGCUAGAGAUGCUACUUACUGUAGCCAACUAAGUUUCACGGAUCACUUGGGCCAUGUACUACGUGAUUUUGUACUGUGUGGCCACAGAGCUGUCACUCUGCAAGAAGGAAACUGUUUGUGUUGUGCAGAAUAUAGCCUCUGUGUAGUGUGGUGCAGCAUACGUUUGUCGUACCAAGUUCUUGAAGUGUGGUCUGCACUGGCAACAAACAUGGCAUUGUUGUAACUCCAUUGCAUAGUCCACGUUAUUAAUUUUGUUCAAUUUCUGACAUGUUGAAUGCUGAUGGGAUCACCAUAGUAAUGUGCAGUAGACUCCUCCUAAGUUUUCGGCUGAUCCUUAGCCCCUGCCAAGUUUUUUUCUCGUGUUAGUUUAUACUAGUUACAUUUCAUGGCUGCAUAAAAGCUGGUUUUUUGUCGUCGCUUUCUCCCAUGUCAGUAUCUGUGAACAAAUUAUAAUUUCUUUCGCUUGUCAUAGUCCGCAUGGCCAGACCUGCCACACUGACUAUGGUUGUGGCUGCUCUUCCAAUCCUUGGCCCUGGCCAUUUUUUCUUUGUUCUUGUUUUAGUUCAGCAUACGUUUCAUACUACAUAGAAACUGGUUGUUCAUCGUCGCGCUCUUUGUAUUCAUGAUAGAUCAACAGUUCAUAAACUUCUUUGCCUGUCAAGGUGCGGACAGACCUGCCACACUUGUUCACCAUGGCUGCCCUGCUGAGACAGAGCAACGAACACCUUUGCUCAACCUGCAGUUAAAAAUUUACCUUAAGUUUUUUAGAGGUUUAGAUGACCUCUCCAUAGAUAGCAGAACCAGUAAGCAAUCUUUUUUGCGAGAGUUGCUUAUGAAGAGGCAGGAAGAUUGCUGAAAACUUAAAAUGACCAUACUUGGAAGGGGCAGGGGUUAUCCUGGAAGUGGCAGUGAAAGGGUUAAGACACACAUGUUUGGAGAUCUUAGCUGGUAUUCACCUCUCUCUUAACAUGAGUGCUGUCUGCAUUUGACCUUUGUCAAAGUGAUUGUCUCACUAUCACAUCGACCGCUGUCGUUAGUGGCGAGUGGCUUGAGCACGAGUCAUGAAGAAGUGCUCUUAAGUCAGAGGAGUUCUGUUAAUAUGGGCUGUCUUGCUAAAGGGCAUUUCCACCCGUUGUAGAGCACAGCAUUGCCUUUUUCAUGUGGCACGCAAGGCCCCCACAGUGUGCUAUUGCAUCUACAUUGUUAUGCACGAACAUGCAUAGUUUUACUCCUUUCUUUUUAAUUGUUUCAUGUUCUCUCCACGGCAGUGAUGCAAGUUGGUUAGUCGCUCAGUAUAAGAGAAUGCCAAGGUAAUACAUCUAGUGCUUUGCAAUAACCAACACAGCACAUAUGAAUGUAUUCAUGUUGCCUGCAUUCUUUUUAUUGUGCCUAUGGAAAACUAACUAGAGGCCCAAACUGUUUUGUUGAACCUUUAAGAAAUUCAUUUAGCAGUGUUUGCCUUCAAAGGAGUGUAUUCUGGUUCGCAUGUAAAUUAGUCCCAACCAUUCAGUGCACACCACAUAGAUAUAUUGGUUCUGCCAGCUUCUUUUGUCUGAUGAGAACGGCCUAGCCAUGCCUCAAUUGCCAUGGUAUAUUGAUGGUAAGUGCUUGAAAAUAUUUCCUAGGUGCUGUUUAGUUUACGUUUCAAUUUGCCUGUGCCCUUGCACUGCCUAUGGCACUGUGUGUAGUUUAUUGCGCUGUAGAGAGAUAAAGGGAAUUGUCAGGAUCUUUUGCGAAUGAUAGAUUGCUCUUAUCCUUAUUUGGUGUGCAGUUCCUCUGAAAUAUGAUAGAUUGUUUAUAUUCUUAUGUAUGCAAUGGCUUCUGAGGUCGUAUGUGUUGCCUUGUGCUCCGACUGCACACUUCCAAGUCUUGAAAGACCACAGAUAUUAUUCUCAGUUUCUGCUUGUUCAAUAUUUCCUCUUUAACGUUACUAUUCCACUUUUGAAGCUUUGCGACGUAUUGCAGCAAUGCUCCAAGACUGUGAGCUUGGCAUUCAGGGUACCCUUUUCACAUUUUUGAGGCAUACAAUGUCUGACAAAGAAAAUCAUUAUUUUCAUUUUCUGGCGGGGUGUGCAAAAAUUCUGUGUAGCCUAUAGCCUUUUAUUUUUUCGUUGCAUAUGGAAGGAGAGAAGACAUUUUUUCAAGAAACGGGGAGAAUGAGUUGCUGCUGUGUAAAGGUUUGAUUUGCUUUGGGUAUGCAGCAUUGUGUAUGCUCAAUUAUUAAAUGCAAGCAAACCUUUUAUUAUAGGGUUAACAACAUGUUUUGAUUGGACUGUGUGGUACUUCUGGAAUGUGUUGGGGCUGUUGUGUGAAUUAGCAAAAUGUAAAAGCAAGAAAACAAAUUUGUGUACAACUGGGCAGAGAUGUAAGGCUGUGAAAACUUUUCUCACUGUUGGACAUUUUUGUGGACCACUGUGAGACCUGUUGCAUGUCAAGAUGCCCUUUUCCACAUUGCUGUCUUUUGUUUGUCAAACCACUCUCGAAGUACUAGCGCCCGUGAUUGCCAAAAAUUAAAAAAAGGAAAUGUGGAGGUCAAAAGAAUUAGCCACAUUCAUAACUAUGUAUUGUCCACACAAGGAAAGCAUGAACAAACAGGUAGAGCAAAACAUGUGUUCUACUCAGUGCCUAGUAACUGCUUAUCUUAUACAAGUGGUCUAUUAGCUUCUGCUGACCUGUUAUAAGCAAUGUGUCGGUCAAAUAGAGAUAUGAUUAUGAGACUGCCUACAGAAGUAGCGAAUAUUAUAUGCAGAGAAGCUAAGGGGCGCCUCGUAUUUCGCUAAAGAUAAUGCAGGUAAAUACUUCACUGUGAAGAGUGCACCGUGAUUGGAAUCGGUUCUGUCGAGCUGAUGUGUCAAAUAAUUGAGGCAUCUUGCAUUGCACGGUAUGGCGAAAGCUGUGUCAGCAAUUUCACAAUCAGAAGUGGUUUUAUUGUGGUGAUUAGAAAGUUUACAGGAUAUUAAUAUACAGAAGGAAGUCCCAAAGUCAAAGACUGCAAUGGGACCAGCUCCAAUUCAUUUCUCAUUCUGUCGGAAAAGCAUGUUAGCUGUCUGCUGAAUGUGGUUAAUUUUUUUGGCAAUCCAGCCAUUUCUUGUACUGUUUGUCUUCAACACAGUUGAUGUAUAUCCCUCCUUCAUCACUGAACUUGGUGGUCAUUGACGUCCUUGUUUGCUGAGAUGUGUUAAAGCAGUGGUAAUGCACGCCUACUGUUCUUUACUUUUCUCGAAUCUCUACGUAGUCUUUGUUGUCGACUUUCCCAUGCAAGUUAUCUUGCUUGUUUGUCUACAUUUUACAAACAAACCUAUUUAUCUAUCUUGGAGGAGUACAAAGAUUGACAAGAACAAAACGAACAUCAAAUAUGUCAAUGGCUUGUUCGUUACUUUUGUGCUGUUGCAUUUUACAAUGAAUGGCAUCCAUCUUGCCCAGCAACUGAUACUUAAACAUUGUUUGCUCACAAUCAUGCUCAAGAAGACGUGUUGAUAGGUUGCAUAAUGUGCAAUGUAAGUAGUGUUCAGACUGUAGCCAGAAAUGUACCUUGAUCACAGUGAUGUGCCUUGAAAGGUUUGGUUUUGCUGUGUGUUUAUUUCUGGACGUUUUAUAGCUUUACUGUGUUGUCAUCUGUACCUGUUCAUGUGUUCUGUCUAUGCAUUACUGCAACUAAAACUACCUUCUGUUGUGUGAUCGUGAAAGCGCCACUUCUUGCUGCUCAGUGUUUUGUAGACACCUGUAUUACUUUCUUUGCCGGCUCUUGUGAAUAUGCACAUGUUAAAGCAGUCCGUAUUUCUCAAUGUUGUCUGGCCAUUGCAAGUAUUACUCGACAGCGAGCGGGAGAGAUGAAAACAUUUGUUUUUGAUAAAGCAAGAAAAGGGACAAGUCCUGUUGGAUAUUCAGUGGGAAGCCAGUAAUAGCUUAGUCCAAUAAUCAUCCUGUUUCUUUCCUCAAUUUCCACUAUCUGCGAUUAGCUUUGCUCGAGAAAAUGCAAUUGCAAGGGAAAUAGUUGUUCCACCUGUCCAUUCACUACCUGCAGGGGUUUACACGACCUUCCUUACCAUGUAUAUUUUCAGCAGCAGAGUGAGUCAUAGUUCCGUGAUGUCAGGCUUUUUGUGCAGUAACGUUUGCGUCCCUAAUGCACCCUUCUAUUUAACAUUGUUUGAUGGUGCAGAGCAGUGUAAUUCUGCUUUUAGUGUCUUUUUUAGUCAUCUGUUUUUUUUUUAGUGCAAUCAGCCAGCCAGUUCAUUUGUAACAUUGUCAGCUUACCCACCAUAGGAGGGAGCAACAAGCAUUGCAACCAGCUAAAGCAGAUUGUUAACCACGAUGAUGAUAGCAUCAACUUAUAUUCUGAUUUCUUUUACUGUGCUGGCUCAGACCCUAAUGCUGUCAGAGGCCACUGAAUAUGUCUGCCAUCCUUUGUAUUUGGCACAGAUAUAUUUUAACAGUAACUGCUGGCUUACUGUUACAACUUGCAUCACAAGGAAUGACGUGAAAACAUGCUACUGGGUACUUUUAAUUAAAUCUCAAAUUUUGACAGUCCUUAAUUAUAAUAACGACAACAACACCAUGUUCUCUGAGGACUUGAUGGUGAUGUGCAGACAUGCAUUGGUCAAGCACAGUGCAUGCAUGGCCUUCUGUAAUGAACAAAGGCACAGAAAGUUACAUCUGAAAGCAUCAGACUUUGACGAUCAAAACAUACCCUGUGCUUGCUCUACCACCAUUUUGAUGCACUGCUGUGGUGCCUGUCUUGGUCAUGGUAAACAAGUGUUUGGGCAAUUUGAUUUUAGGUACUUUUAGCUUGAGUAUCAACAAGGCUGCCUGCCUCAUUGAGACCCAACUUGUCUGCAGCAGUGAAGAGUGUGGCCUUUCGUUCACACACAGCUCAAUUUUUAUUAGUGAAUUUUUGUGGGGCUUUUGCUCCUAGUGAGAAUAAGAGAAUGCACUUGGUACUUUCCAUUUUAGCUCUGUAGAUGAAACAGUGUGUCAGCGCUUAGAUGUUUGCUAAAUGAGAUUUUCAUCAUUUCUGAGGUGCAAGAUCUCAUGAACAGAUAGUCACAACUGCGGUGCAGUGUUGUGUAACAUGGCUGUAUAAAAAAAUACUUGUGCCUUAUUACGAAUUCUAUGUGCAUGUAAAUACAAAAUAAAUAAAUAAA